AUGGCGGGCCUUGUGCCCGAGGAGAGCAUGCGCUUCGUCUACGUCGAGUCGUGGGCGCGCAUCUCCACGCUGAGCCUUACCGGCAAGCUGCUCUACUACACGGGGCUGGCGGAUGCGUUUUACGUGCAGCAUGCCGAUGUGGCUGCUGCGUAUGGCCUGGUGAAUGCGGGGGAAAUGGUCUUCAACGCCAGGAGACCCGAUGUGGACGGCACGUGA